CGCCGGUAACCCUAACUUUCUUUGGAUCUUUUGUGGAUCAGGAAUCCUUUCGGAUGGAGAGGUAGAUGAAGUGGCGGUGGAGUUCAUCGUGCUCCUUGACGCCGAGGUCUGCAUGUAGGACGAGGAGCUCUGCGAACACGGCUGUCUGAAGAUGAUGAAUGAGGAGGAAGAGGAAAACAGAACAGACUCUCUGUCCACGAGGAGUGGCCAAUCCAAAGAUCAUCCCCGCGUCGUCAGGACUGAAUCUGGAGCCUCAGAUUCAAAAGGUCAGAAACUCAGAAAUACGGCAGAGUCUUCCAGAUCCAGCAGGUUGUCUCUGAAACGAGACUGGCCCAAAGAUGGUCCGCCAGACUUCAGUGCUGAAUCUGGGCUUUCAGGCACAAAAGAGAAGAGGAGGAGUCAUGAAAGGAAGGAUCCAGUCUGUUUAAGCAGCUCACAUUUGGACCAGGGUUCAUCAUCAGGAGCCUCCUGCUAUCCUCAGUGUGCAGAAAGGUCUGGAAGAAGAGCUGCACAAAGUGUGGGUCUGCAGCAGCUUCUGGUGGAAUAUAAGGAGAGUCUGAGAAGAAGAUAUGAACAUGGGACUGAGGGAAGUGAUGAACUGGGAGGUGGAAGGCUCUUCAGCACGAUCUACUCAGAGCUCCACAUCAUAGAGAGACUCAAUGAAGAGCUACAGAGGGAACCUGAGCUGAUGCAGCCUGAGUCAGCUUCCAGGAAGGAGAGCCUCCAUCACCCUGCCAUCCAAUGUCAGGACAUCUUCAAACCCCUCGCCCAGCAGCAGAAGCACAUCCGAGUGGUCCUGACCAGCGGCGUGGCUGGCAGUGGGAAAACCUUCCUGGUGCAUAAGUUCACUCUGGACUGGGCCGAGGGCCUGGAGAACCAGGACGUCGGCGUGCUGGUUGUGUUGUCCUUCAGGGAGCUGAACCUGAUGGGAGAGCAGGCAUACAGUCUUCUCACGCUGCUCCGUGCUUUCCACCCCACAUUCCACAAGGUGACGGCAGAGGAGCUGGCUGUCUGCAAGCUGCUGUUCAUCUUUGACGGCCUGGAUGAAAGCAGACUGUCUCUGGACUUCAGCAGCACCCAGCUGCUGCUUGAUGUCUCACAGCAGUCUUCAGUCAGUGGGCUGCUCACAAACCUCAUCCGGGGGAAUCUGCUGCCCUCGGCUCGGGUGUGGAUCACAUCCCGACCAGCAGCAGCCCAUCAGAUCCCUCCAUCAUGUGUGGAUAGAAUAACAGAAGUGCGAGGCUUCAGGGACGCCCAGAAGGAGGAGUAUUUUAGAAAGAGACUGAGUGAUGAGGAGCUGUGCAGAAAAACCAUCUCUCACAUCCAGACAUCCAGGAGCCUCAACACCAUGUGUGGACUCCCGGUCUUCUGCUGGGUCACGGCUGCAGUUCUGGAGCACAUGUUGACCACAGAGCCGAGAGGAGAGCUGCCCCAGUCCCUGAAUGACAUGUACUCUCACUUUGUGCUGGUUCAGAUGCAGAAAAAUAGGCUCAAGCACCAGGAAGGACAAGAGACAAGUCCCCAGGAGCCGACGGAGGUUGACGGCGAGCUUCUUCUGAACCUGAGCCAGAUGGAUUUUGAACAUGGGGAGAAAGGAAGGGUCACAUUCCAAGAUGUCCUGGAGCAGUGUGGUCUGGAUUUGACCAAGGAUUUGCUGUACUCGGUUUGUACUCAGGUCCUGCUGAGCAUUCGGGAGUUUCUGGCUGCAGGCGAUGUGUUCUUCUGGUUCGCCAGCAAGAAGAAAUGCGUACUGAAGUCUGUCCUGACAGGAGAUGAUCAUGAUUUCCCAUCUCUGGUCAACUUCCUGGAGAUCAUGCUGCUGAAGUCCCUCAGAAGUCAGAAAAGCCACCUGGACCUGUUUUUUCGCUUCCUUUAUGGCCUCACUCUGAAAUCCAACCGUGUACUCUGUGGCAGUCUGCUGGGUCGGACAAGGCGCAGUCCAGAAACCACCAAGGGAGUCCUCAAGAAGCUGAAGGAGAUCAGCGCUGAUGAAAUGUCUCUCGACAGCAGAAUCAACAUCUUCCGCAGUCUUACGGAAAUGAGGGACCUGUCAGUCCAUCAGCAGAUCCAGGAGUUUCUGAAGUCGAAGAAGAUCUCAGACAUGGAAUUCUCUGAGACCCACUGCGUAGGUCUGGCCCACAUCAUACAGGAGUCAGACCUGGUCAUGGAGGAGGUGCACAUGAAGGAGUACAACACAACACACGGGACACCGUGGAUACUGGGCCCACUUUUGAGGAACUGCAGGAAGGCUGUACUUGAUGGCUUUUUCAUGUAUCCUUCACAAUUUGACGUGAUCAUCCCAGCUCUGAAGUCUGACUCCUCCCAUCUGAAACAUCUGAUCAUAAAGGACUUCUACCUGCUGGAUCCAGCACCGCAGUUUCUCUCUGCUGGACUGGAGAGUCCAAACUGUAAACUGGAGACUCUGAGGUUGAGUCACUGCAGGAUUACUGAGACGAGCUAUCCUCUUAUUUUCUCCGCUCUGAAGUCCAACCCCUCCCUCCUGAAACAUCUGAAACAUCUGGAGAUAAGUUUGAAUGCGCUGCCCGAUUCGGCAGUUGAGCACCUGUGUGGCGUUCUGGAGAGUCCACUCUGUCGUCUGGAGACUCUGGAGUUGAAAACGUGCUGGUUGUCGGAGACCAGCUGUUGUUCUCUGGUCUCAGCUCUGACGUCCAACCCCUCCCUCUUGAAAAAUCUGAACUUGGGUGGAAAUCAGAUGCCGGAUUCCGCAGUUCAGCAGCUGUGUGGUUUGCUGGAGAAUCCACUCUGUAUUCUGGAGAAUCUCGGUUUGACGGGUUGCUUGACGUCAGAGACCAGCUGUUCAUCUGUGACCUCAGUUCUGAAGUCCAACCCCUCCCUCCUGAAACAUCUGGAGCUGAACGGAACCAACUAUCUGUAUUCAGGAGUUGAGCAGCUGUAUGCAUUUCUGGAGAGUCCGCUUUGUCGCCUGGAGACUCUGAGCUUGAGGGGUGGGAAGCUGUCAGAGGUCAACUAUUCUUCUCUGACCUCGGCGCUGAAGUCCAUCCCCUCCCUCAAAGCUCUGGACCUGAGCUGUAACACUCUGCGGGAUGCAGCAGUCGAGCAUCUGUGUGAAUUCCUGGAGAGUCCACUCUGCCGUCUGGAGAGUCUGAGGUUGGAGCGCUGCAGUUUGUCAGAGAGCAGCUGCUGUUCUGUGCUCUCAGCUCUGAAGACCAACCCCUCCCUCCUCAAACACCUCAAAGAGCUGGAUUUGUCUGAUAGCCAGCUGCGGGAUUCAGCAGUUGAGCAUCUGUGUGAUUUUCUGGAGAAUCCACUUUGUAGUUUGGACUCUCUGAGGCUGAACUGCUGCAGUUGCUCAGACAUCAGCUGGUUUUCUGUGGCCUCGGCUCUGAAGUGCAACCCCUCCCUCCUUAAGGAGCUGGACUUGAGUUCCAACCCUCUGCCGGAUUCAGCAUUUGAGCAGCUGUGCGGGGUUCUGCAGAGUCCACGCUGUCGUCUGGAGAGACUGCGUUUGUCAAACUGCGACCGUGCGUCGGAGACCGGCUCUUCUUCUCUGCUCUCAGCUCUGAAAUCCAACACCUCCCUCCUGAGACAUCUGAAAUAUCUCAACAUUUAUGGGACCAGACUGCUGGAUGGUGCUGAGAUGAAGCAGAUCUAUGAUCUUAUGGGGCGUGAUCCCUACGGAGUUUGAGAGACUGGAAGCGAGAGCAGACGGGACGCUGUCCGUCCUCGACAUCGACCGAGGAGAGCAGAGAGCGGCGCUUCUCUCAUUCACGUGUGGUUCCUCGUGUGAUUUGAACUCUGACCUCUGAACUUUGCAUCACAAGGUUUGAUGAAGAUACUGAGAUCUCGUGGAGAGCUGAAGGACUCCUGGAGAUGACACUAAUUUGCUGUUGUUC